AUGAUGUACCCGGCAUAUGGGGUACAUACCCCGGAGAUGCUGCCGCCAUCCUAUGGGCAGUCAGGUUUCCUCGACCACGUAUCAACACAGAUGGCCAUCUCCCAGGUGGCUCGAAGAUUCUCAAGGGGCUCGGGCGGGCAACGGCCAGGGCCUGCCAUGCGGGUCGUGAAGCCCAAGAGCGCCAGCAACAGCCCGGGAUCUACAUCUGUGCAAAGCCGGAGGAGGACGAUGAUGGGUGACGCCUUUGCCCCGCGGCGGCAGCAACAGCAACAGCAACAGCAACAACAACAACAACAACACAACAUCAACUACAUCUCGAUGCCCACGGACACCGAUAUGGGCUCGGCUCAUGGGUCAACGGGUCGCCCGCUCAGCUGGCAUCCUUCGACAUAUAUACACGCCCAGCAGCAGCAACAACAGCCGUAUCAGCAACCGACGAGUUAUCCUUUUCCCACCCCGAGCAUCUAUGCAGACGCCCAUGAUCUGUACUCAACACAGGCCCAUUUCUCCCCUACGAUGGCCUCGUACUCCAACAACACAUCACCUGCUUCCAGCUUCUCGCCGCUGCCGCUUUUCCCCACCGGCGAGACUCGUGGCCAGUAUCUUCGCACCGAUGGCUGGGAGCUCUCACAGCGGACGACACCAUUCUACGAACCGUCAACCGGCAACAUGGGCAUGCCGGAGUCCCUCCCAGCCUUGGAGCAUGUGCCGACUCAAUCAAAGACGGCCGUCAAUGGCGGGCUGGACUGGAACACCUUCGUUUCUCAGGGUUUCAACAGCACAUCUCCUCCCACGCCGGAGACUUUUCCCCAAGCCACACUAUCCCAGCCGGCCGUCUCUGGACGGCCGGACGCGUGCCAGGGCCUCGACGAGGACGAGGACGAGGGCGAGAUUUUGGUCGGCAUGGGACUUUAUGAUACGCCAGACAAGUUUGAUGAAGACCCCCAGCUCAACAACUACCGUUCAACAGUCUCUUCGCUGCUGGGGUCGACGUAUCGACCCCAGGAGCCGCGAGGCAAGGGGUUGAAGCUGGAGGAGACAUGGGAGCCGCCCAAGUCUGACGACGGCGAGGGUGAGGAGGAUGAGGACGAAGACGAAGACGCCCAAGGGCAGAACAGCAAGACUGCUACUUGA